CAGUCCUCACUCUUCAGGCUCCUGGAAUCAUGGCGAACGGCGCGCUGGAGAUCGUGGGAAUGUGUGUGAGCCUGAUCGGCUUCGUCGGGGUGGCGGCCAGCACUGGGAUGCCGAUGUGGCGUGUGACGGCAUUUAUCGGGGAGAACAUCAUCGUGAUGGAGACUCGGUACGAGGGCUUGUGGAUGAACUGCUACCGGCAGGCAAGCAUUCGGAUGCAGUGUAAGGUGUACGACUCCUUGCUGGCACUGUCCCCUGACCUCCAGGCUGCUCGGGGGCUCAUGUGCUGCUCCGUGGCAUUGACUGGGCUGGGUUUACUAAUUGCCAUCGCUGGGAUGCAGUGCACGGCAUGCAUCCAAGGAAACGACCGUGCCAAGCGGAUGGUUCUGAUCAUCUCUGGAUGCAUGAUCCUAGCGGGCUGCUUCUGCUGCCUCAUCCCUGUCUCCUGGACCGGACAUGUCAUCAUCCAGGACUUCUACAACCCCUUGCUCAUCGAUGCCCAGCGUAGAGAACUCGGGGAAGCGUUGUACAUCGGUUGGGUGUCUUCAGCUUUCUUAUUCGCUGGCGGGUGCAUAUUCACCUGCUGUAGUGGCUCCCUGGACGAGGGCCCGGAUCCCAGGUACAAGUACACCAGGAACGCACCCAUGGCUUAUCAGCCACAGCCCGUGACCUUUCACCCCCAACCGCACUUGGUGUACAGCCACCCGUCCGGGCCACCGUCAUUCAUAGAGCAGUCAUACCAGCCAUCCAGACAGCAGUCAUUCAUUCAUCCUUCCAGACAGCAGUCAUUCGUGCAGCCGUCCCGAUAUCCAUCCGCCCGCAGCGCCGUCGAUUAUAUCUAA